GAAACAGUUUUAACUAGAACGCUCAUGAAAUGCGUGCGUGGUGUGUUCUAUCGUUAAUCGGAUGCUUGGGGAUUGCUUUGAUCUCUUCGAAACCCUUGGAGGAAGCAGGCGAUAUCGCUCAGGAAGACAGUGAGAAGGCAUAUGAACACACUUAUUUAACGAUCGAUCCCACUGCUGAGGAUGCUCGCGAUGAGGAAGAAGAACUCGGAGAAGCUACCGGUGACGACGAUAAAGCUGGUGGUGAAGGAAAAGCCUACUAUAUAGAAGUGGAGGACGAUGAAAAUGAUGAUUCAACUGUCGAUAAGCCCAUAGAGGAGGAACCAAUUAAUUUUCUUAAAUACCCAGAACACGAAACCGACCACAAGCCAUAUCCCCGCUUUGCCAUCCUUAAAAAUGGAUUCGUGAAUCAUGUGAACCUAGACUUUUAACAGACGCAAUCAAUACAAAAAUAACAGACAGAACGACGUGUUCUCAACACAAUUAGAGAUUCAUUCCAGUUGGAAAAUUCCCAAAGCUAAGUUUACACAGCUGUGGCCAAUAACAAUGAUAAUAAAAAUAGCUUAGUGCGGUUUCAGCUUUUAAAUGUGUUUUUCUGUUUUUCAUCAUAUUAGUGUUCUUUAGCUCGCUCGGAGUAGUUUUCAUUGGACUGUACAAGAUGCGUCUUGCCAUUGCUAUGCUUGCUCUGGUGACCCUAAUGUUGUGGAUCGGGGUCACCACCGCUUCUCAGUCGGCCUCAUGUGAGAGUGUGGCGAUCUUGGAGAACUACAGCUGCAAGGAGAAACCCACGAAAAGGAAGACUUUUCGAUUUGCCAUUUAAAAAGAGCUGGCAGUCCUUGUAAAAAGUUUUUUUUUCCGGAAUUCAAUUAAAUUUCUCUUAAUAAAACCCGAAACUCACGA